CUCCGCGUCCGCCAUCAUGAAAGCCGCAGAGAUGGUGAAGAAGCGAAAGGCGGCGAUGGAGGGAGAACCGCAGGAAGAGGCACAGCCGAAUGCAGAGGCGGCGGAGGAGCAGGAAGAGCAGGAGGAGCCGGAGGAGCCCGAGGAGCCUGAGGAAGCGACCUGCAACGGCGGCAAGAAGAAGAAAAUCGUUCCGGGUAUUGUGUACUUGGGUCACGUCCCGCCGCGAUUCCGGCCCCUGCAUGUACGCAACCUGCUCAGCGCCUACGGUGAGGUGGGACGCGUUUUCUUCCAGGCCGAGGACCAUUUUGUGAGACGCAAAAAGAAAGCAGCAGCGGCCGCAGGAGGAAAGAAGGCAGCGAAAUACAGCAAGGACUAUACCGAAGGCUGGGUAGAGUUCCGUGACAAGCGCAUUGCCAAGCGAGUGGCAGCCAGCCUACAUAACACGCCCAUGGGUGCCCGAAGGCGCAGUCCUUUCCGCUAUGACCUGUGGAACCUCAAGUAUUUGCAUCGUUUUACUUGGUCCCACCUCAGUGAACACCUUGCCUUUGAGCGCCAGGUACGCAGGCAGCGCCUGAGAGCAGAGGUCGCCCAAGCAAAGCGAGAGACUGACUUCUAUCUUCGAAGUGUAGAACGGGGACAACGAUUCCUUGCAUCUGAAGGGGACACUACUCGCCCGAAUAGCUCCUGGACAUUUGCUCAACGACCCACUGAGCAGGAGCUGAGGGCCCGGAAAGCAGGAAGGCCGGGAGGCCGGGAACGAGCCUGGCUGGCUACAGUGCAGGACCAGGCCCGAUCCAAUAGAGGACUCCUUGCCAGGAUCUUUGGAGCUGCUCCACCUGCAGAGAGCAAGAAAGAACCGUAGCCAGUCAGACUCCUGGUGGAAGAAAAGGUCGCUUGUACCUACCAGCCCUGCUGUCCUCUGCCCUGCCUCCUGAAGAGUGUAACUGACUAUCUAGGCAGAUGUUUUCUCUCUAUUCCAAAACAGAGUCGGGUAGAAGGCCUUUUUUUGUUGGCCUCUUUUACCCACUUUGAUCAAAACCUGUAAGUGCUGGGCUGUGAACCUUACUUGUGCUGUCCAGGAUGAUGGCUACUAUAGGUUCCUGUUGCAUUUUGUGUGACUUUUGGUUGACUGCCUCUUUCUCAGUGAGCUCCUAACAAUUUCUGCCUGGAACAGUGGACUUGCCUUCCACUAGAGUAGCAAAGGCAAGCCCAUGUGGUCUAUGGUGUUUGUUCUCUGUGGUGGGGGGCAGAAUUAACAGAAAUUGGGUUAGUGGCCAAUUUGAUGUUUCUAUUUGAAAAUAAAAAAUAACUUAUUUUUAUACAGUUUUUAGUUACUCAGGUGGGAAUAUCCAUCCAGUGAGUUUCAACUUCUGUCUGAGGCAUACAUGCUACUCAGAUUACUCUAGCACAGACCCAUCCAUGAAUCUGUUACUCUAGCAGAUAUGAUCCCAAAGUUCUUCAUACAUUUUUCAUUUUGAAAUAGAGCCUCACUCAUGUGCUUAGGUUAGCCUUGAGCUCAUUCUGUAAGCUGCUCAAGUUAGCCUUGAGCAAACUCUGUGGCCAAAUAGGCCCUGAACUUGAAAUCCUAUUUCAGCCUCCCAAGUAUCUGGGAGGACAGACCUGGGUCGGCAAGCCUAGCUUCAAUAUUCUUAAAUUUAAUAAAUAAAAUAAUUUUAUCUUCAUUUUA